UGGUAACACUGCAAUUUGACAUUUAUAGUAAUUAUAGUUUUUAUUUAUUUUCAUUUUCUUUUAAUCAAGGGUCAUGUUUUAUUUUUCAUUUUAUUGUUUUCCUGCGUAUUUUACUACAUGAAUUUUAUUGAAAUCUUAAGAAAUCUAAAAUGUCAUCAAAUAAGUAUAUUUAUAAGACUACAAAAAGUAACGAAGGAGAUACAGACACGUUAGUAUCACCAUGCUUACAAGUAGGUCCUGAGGUACAACUAAAAGAAGUUCCCACAACAGGCGAAGAAUACCUAUUGAAAGUUAUAAAGGAACGUCAGAAUUGUUCUAGUGUUACUAAAUGCAAUAAAGAUUAUUCUAGAUUUUCUAAAAAUCAAUCUUGUUUUGUUGAAGAGGUAUGUUUAUGAACUAUCAUAAAUAUCAACCUAAAAAUUUUUUUGUUUUUUAAAUCUAUUAAUUUAUUACAGGCGAAGCCUGCGAGAGCUCCUGACAAAUUUAAACCAACUAUAGAAUGGCAGAACAUCCAAGUUGCGGACUUUUCAGAUGUCCGUAUGUACCUAUCUCGUUUAGAAGCAAAGAAAACAUUAUGGCCAAGUGAUUUAAAAAAAAUAAGUGUUGAACAUGAUACAUUAAAUGGGUGGAAACGUUUCUUUAAUACAAAUGAACCGACACUAACAUGUGUUCUUGGACUGAAACAUACUUUAUUAGAUCGUGGCCUUGAAAUGCUGAUAGAAAUAUUAGAAGAAGUUAAACCGGGUUCCACUAUGGACUAUAAAUCUGGUCAAUGGAUAUAUGCCUUUUUAGCAUGUAUAAGACAACCCCUACUCUCAGAUACAAUAAGUAUAUUAAGGAAUUUAGCUAGAAAAUGUGCAGAGAUAAGAUCGUGUAUUAAUCCUGAUGAUGAAGAUGCCCCAUUAGCAGUGACACCAUUAAAUAUAUUCAUUUGUUUAGUAUCACGAUACUUUAGACAGUAUGAUUUGGCAGAUUGAUAAUUAAGAAUUUUAUUAAUUUAUAUUUAUAAAAAAAUAGACAAUGAAGACAACACAAGGACUGGUUAAAGUAUGUGGUACCAUAGUCAUUGUUGAUAUCAUUUAAUAUAAUUAAGUUGUCUGUCCAGGAUGGUUGUAAGCUAAAGUUGGAAAUUCAUCUCAUAAAUGUUAUAUUUACUUUCAUGGUCCAUAAUACUCUUUAUUUUCACUAAAAGUUAUUUGGAUUGUAUAUAAUUAGUACCUGAUGACUGAUAUAUUGUUUUAUUUUUCUGUAUUU